GGUAAUCGAAGUGAAACAUCUGUUUGUGAGUGUGAAACCCUGGAACAGCUUUCACAUCAUUUACAAGAAAAUAGAGAAAAUUAAAUAUAUCCAGACGUACCUAUACCGAUCCAAUUCAAUAUGAGUUUCCUCAAUUACGUGUUCGGCCCCAAUCUCUUUAUGGAAUAUCGGGGUGUGCCGGAGCCGCAGCGCAAGAUGUACGAGGCCGGGGCUGUUGAAAAGUUUGGCGAGCAGAUUCUAUCGACGCUCUCAGUGAUGUGGUCCGUGGGCUACUACACAUCGCCCCUGCUCGUCACAUUUCUCUAUCGGCGUGGCUACCUGGUGACCGAUUCCAUACCGACGCUGGCCAAGAUCACCACCAGUGUGGGACUCAUCGUGAUAAUUUCGCUGGUAAUGCGCGGCUUGGGGCGCAAGCAAUCGCGGUCCUACUCCAACAUGAUGAAGGCCCUUGUCCAGGCAAAGGCCACCAAGACGGCUGGAGGUGCCAAUAGCGAGCUGCGCCGCUUUGAUAUCGAGUUUGACGCCUGGCCAGUGGAUUUCGAUGUAAAAGCUUUAACCGGUGAUACUAAGAAGCCCGUGGUUACGACCAACAGACGGGAGCCGCUUCAAUUGGCCACUGUGCCCUGUGAGGUCAUCGCCUACCUGGCCAUCAACACAUUUGGGCUAUCCAUUAUCUAUCCGGGAUCUGUUAAGCUGCUCCAGAAAUUCAUGCGACCCAUGCUAAUCUCUGGGCGCGCCAAGCUGAUCGAGGAUGACAAUGGUAUCCGCUAUAAGGUCAAGACUAUUGAUUCGAACGAAAUCGAUACAUUGUUUAUUGACAACCGCAACGACAACGUUGGAAAUGGCAAAACCCUGGUCAUUUGCUCCGAGGGCAAUGCAGGCUUCUAUGAAGUGGGCAUAAUGGGCACCCCAGUGGCCUUAAAAUACUCAGUUCUUGGGUGGAAUCAUCCCGGAUUUGCCGGAAGUUCGGGAACGCCUUUUCCCCACCAAGACAAAAAUGCCAUUGAUGCCGUGGUACAGUUUGCUAUCAAUAAUCUCGGGUUCUCUGUGGAGGACAUCAUUUUGUAUGGCUGGAGUAUUGGCGGUUUUAGUACUUUGUACGCUGCCUCUGUAUAUCCAGAUGUCAAGGGAGUGGUGCUGGACGCCACAUUCGAUGAUGUCCUAUACUUGGCCUAUCCUCGUAUGCCAGCUGCAUUGGCGGGCAUUGUCAAGGUAGCCAUUCGCAACUACUGCAAUUUGAACAAUGCCGAGAUGGCCAACGAGUUUAAUGGACCCAUAUCCUUCAUCCGCCGCACAGAGGAUGAGAUUAUUGCAGAAGACAAUCGCAUUGACACCAACCGCGGUAAUUUCUUGGUCUUGUCUGUGCUCAAGCACCGGUAUCCCAACAUUUUUGGGGCUUCCCAGUUGAACAAGGCUAAGGGGCUGCUGUCUAAGCCUCUGGAACCGUACAGUAUCCCCACCGCCGACGAGAAGCUAUGUAUGUCACGCCUUAUUACCUACGCCUCUGAUGAGGGCAAGUCCUUCCCAAUGAACAUAGGAGCCGAUUACUCAGAAGAGGUGCGCAACCUUAUGGCUAUCUUCUUGCUGCGCAAGCAUUUACGCGACUACAACUCGACGCACUGCACCCAGCUGCCCGGAGAGUUUUUCACCAUGCCGUGGGACAUUCCCACCGAGCAGGGAUUUGUGUUCACAUAAGCCCAUUCCGAAGAUGAUGUACGGCCGUAUGCUUAGACUUAGUGAAAUGGUUUUUUAGUCAUUUUUGCAUUCUGACUGCUUAUUAAAUUAUUCUAACUGGGAACAGCCGGGAAGCUGGACAACUGGUGUAAAAUUGUCUUAUAUACGAAAUAAAUGUCACAAGUUAAACUA